AUGUACGAGGCGCUGGUCGUCCUGCUGCUGGCAGGCCUGUACUGGUUCAUCUCGCCCUACCUGAACUGGUACUGGCUGAGCUCCAAGGAGGCAGGCGGUCGAGCCCUGGAGGCGCACGUGGGGAAGACCUCGUGGCAGUUCGAGCCCGGGCAGCUGGUGGCCCCCGCCGGGAAGGCCCCGGAGGUCUCGCUGUCCGUGGUGGUGCCUGCCUUUAACGAGGAGAGCCGGCUACCGCAGAUGCUCGACGAGGCGCUCGGCUACCUCGACUCGCGCGUGGCGGCGGGCUCCGGCGGCUUCUCCUACGAGGUGCUCGUGGUGGACGACGGCAGCUCCGACGACACCUUCGCCGCCGCGCUCGGCUCGCGCGCCCGCGGGUGCCGCGGCGAGGUCCGGGCCAUGCGCCUGUCGCAGAACCAGGGCAAGGGGUUCGCGGUGAAGGCUGGCAUGCUCGCGGCGCGCGGCCGCCUGCUGCUGAUGGCGGACGCGGACGGCGCGACGUGCUUCCGCGACCUGGAGAGGCUCGAGCAGGCGAUGGGCAAGGAGGACGGCAACGGGGCCUACCAGAUCGCCUUCGGCUCCCGGCAUCACCUGAAGGACCAGGCGCUCGCGAAGAGGAAAUUCGUCAGGAACAUCCUCAUGGUUAGCUUCCACUUCGUCGUGUGGCUGCUCGUUGGCCCUCCCGUCUGCGGCACGCUGGGCCCCCUGCGACGCCGCGGGGCGCCGCAGUACGUCCAGGCCUUCAGGCGAAGGGCCACCAUCGCACGCGAGCGGGAACUGCUCGUUGUGCAGAGGCGCAAGGGCAUCCCGGUCACCCACCACGCCCCCGUGACCUUCCUCACUGCGCGGCUGGAAUGGGUUCCAGCGAGGACAGAGUGGCCGCGCACCCGUGGCGUCGGCGGCCUCCUCGCGGAUGUGGUGAGCCACGGCGCGGUGGCGGGCACCGCGGCGGGCACUUCGGACCGCGUGCUGCGCCCCCCGGGGCCUCGCGCGCCCUGCCACGGCCUGGACGACAGCACCGCCUCGACGGCGAGCGCCUCUCCGGUCGACGGACGAGCCCACGCAGCAGGAAUCAGCGAGAGGGGUAGGGUGGUCGCCAUCCGCGCCGCAUGGACCUCACCUGACGAGUUCGUGUACGCGAGGCCGAGCUGUGGAAUCAAGGUCUCGAUCGGGUGGCCCAGUGGAGCCGACGAGGACCAGCUCCAGUAG